AUGGUACGGUCAACAAAGAAGUAUAGAGGCGUGCGGCAGCGGAAUUGGGGCUCUUGGGUCUCCGAAAUCCGUCAUCCAUUACUGAAGAAAAGGGUGUGGCUAGGCACAUUUGAGAGUGCCGAAGAGGCGGCACGAGCAUACGAUGCAGCUGCAAUUUUGAUGAGCGGCCGAAAUGCCAAAAUAAAUUUCCCAAUGAGUACUGAUGAUCAGCAGACUGAUAGUAGUACUACUCCGGAAGCGAGUACUAGCAAGGAUUCUUCGUCGUCAAUACCAAAUGGUUUAUCGGAAAUCUUACGCGAAAAGCUGAGGAAAUGUAGCAAUGUACUAUCUCCAUCCAUGACGUGCUUGAGGCUGGACAAUGAGAGCUCUCACAUCGGAGUCUGGCAUAAGCGCGCAGGUCAACGAUCGGAUCAUUCAAAUUGGGUCAUGACUGCUGAACUUGGUAAGAAGAAUAUUAAAGCUGAUGAUAAUACCAACAACCAGCAAAGUAUCUCACCAUCAUCAUCAGUGUCUUCAGAGUCUCCAGCGUCAUCGCCAUUAGAAAGUUCUAUUCUAAUAGCAGAUGCUUAUGAAAUGAGUGAAGAGGAGAAAAUUUCAUUGCAGAUGAUAGAGGAGCUGCUUAACGAAACUGAAAUAUAA